CCAAGCCAGCAGCCAUGUCCACGACCACUCAGCCACAGACAAUGUCCAGCAAGCAGAGAUGCCCUCAGGCUAUAGGGUUGGAGAGUGUGGCCCCUCUGGUGACUUCAGUGGAGGAGUGCCCCGAUCCCAUUGGCACCACCAUCAAGGGAACGAUCCCCUCGUGGAUAAACGGGAGCUUCCUGAGGAACGGGCCUGGGAAGUUUGAAUUUGGCCAAGACAGAUAUACCCACUGGUUUGACGGCAUGGCCAUGAUGCACAGAUUUUACAUCAGCGAGGGCGAGGUCACGUACAGCAGCCGCUUCCUGAGAAGUGACUCGUACGUGCACAACUCCGAGAAGAACCGCAUCGUGAUCUCGGAGUUCGGGACGUUGGCCAUGCCCGAUCCUUGCAAGAACAUCUUUGCUCGAUUCUUCUCACGCUUUCAGAUCCCAAAAGCGACAGACAACGCCAGCGUGAACUUUGUCAAGUACAAGGGCGACUAUUAUGUCAGCACAGAAACCAACUACAUGAGACGAAUAGAUCCUCAAACUUUGGACACAAAAGAGAAGGUGGACUGGAGUCAGUACAUCGCUGUCAACUCGGCCACAGCUCACCCGCACUACGACCGCCAAGGGGCCACGUACAACAUGGGCAACUCCUACGGAAAAGGAGGUUUCUUCUACAACAUCAUCCGUGUGCCCCCACCCGAGGAGACGGGGGCGAGCGAGGAUUGCGCAAACCUGCACGGAGCCAAAGUGCUGUGCUCCAUUCGAGCACGUGAACCCAGAAAACCUUCGUACUAUCACAGCUUUGUCAUGUCGGAGAACUACAUAGUGUUUGUGGAGCAGCCCAUCAAGUUGGACCUGCUCAAGUUCAUGCUGUACCGCAUCCAAGGAAAGAGCUUUCACAAGGUCAUGACCUGGGAGCCGCAGUACGGUACCAUCUUCCAUCUGGUCCACCGGCACACUGGCCAAGUGAGUGCGGUGACGUACCGAGCGGCGCCCAUGUUCGCGCUGCAUCAGAUCAAUGCCUUUGAGGACGACGGCUUUCUCGUCAUGGAUAUGUGCUGCGGCGAUGACGGCGAGGUCAUCGGAGACUUCACCCUGGAGAACCUCCGCAGAGGCCCGGGACAGGAAAUGGACAAGUUUUACAACUCCCUGUGCAGAAACCUGCCGAGAAGAUACGUCCUCCCUUUGAAUGUUGACCAACAAACCCCUCUGGACAGGAAUCUGGUGACCCUGCCAGACUAUAAAGCUACGGCCAAGAAGACCCCGUCUGGAGAGGUUUUUCUGACCCACGAGGAUCUUUACGACGACCAGCUGCUGCAGUACGGCGGCCUGGAGUUCCCCCAGAUCAACUACGAGCGCUGCAAUGCUCGACCCUACCGCUAUUUCUACUCCUGUGGCUUUGGACACGUCUUCAGUGACUCCCUGCUCAAGAUGGACGUGCACACCAAAGAGCUCAAGGUGUGGCGGUAUCCCGGCUUGUUCCCGUCUGAGCCUGUCUUUGUUGCUUCGCCCGAGGCCACAGAGGAAGAUGAUGGAGUCGUGUUGUCAGUCAUCAUUACACCCCGAGAAGACAAAAGUACAUUUCUUCUCGUUCUGGAUGCCAAGACCUUCACUGAACUGGGCCGAGCAGAAGUCCCAGUCAAUAUCCCGUAUGGUACACAUGGAGUGUUCAAUCACAUGGCCUAACAGGGAGGUGCAAACUUUUUACACCGAGGGCCGCACACUGAGAAAUGAAAGCAUGGGGGUGCCAUUUUGAUACUUUUCAUUUUGAAAACCAAUACAAUACAUAUUGUAACCAUUAGGGCUACAUUUGGUGAAUGUUAAUUGUA